AUGGAAACAAUAACUCAAAAUGAACCAAUAAAUAAACAAGAGAACUCCACUUUGGAAAGAAAUAAAAUUUCUAGCUUUAGUAGAAUAACUGAACUGCCAGAACAAGAAUCUUAUGCAGGUAGUUCUGCUAACAAAGAAGAAAACUCAUACUUGCAAGAUGAUGCAUCUAUCACAGAUGAUGUGAGCUUACAAGAAAAUGAUUUAAUACAAGAUGAACAAAAGGAGCCUUUGUUACCUUCAAUAGAAAUAGACAAUGAUAAAAGAAACUCUAUAUCAAGUAAAGAUAAGGACCUCUUAUCUGACUUAGUAUCAGCACCACAUGAUGAACUGACUGCACUGUAUCUUAAUACAGAACCACAAGCAGGAAACAAAAAUACAAAAGAAACAUCACCUAUAAUAGAA